CGGGCACACUCAGCGCAGUGAAACAACCUGGACUACACUAGUGUGCACUCACAAGCCAGACCACUUCCAGUCUAAGGACAGACUCUGGGAAUCGGGAGGACAAAAGUGAAGCCCCAUUGGCCACAGCGUUAAGGAUCUCUGUAUCUGUGAAACUUCGCUUAGAAGUCUUAUGGGCAGCACUAGCAUGUCCUGCAGCAGCGGCAGCCAGCUACAGAUGUGAGGAUAUCCUGGAAACAAAGAGCCUGGGUGAAGGUGCCUUACUGAACCUCGGUGCAUGCGGAGGAAUGGAUUACCUACACAUCUAGAGAGUUAUGGUGUGCACACGGUCAAUGCAGACCCUCUCAUAGACUUAAAGGAACUUGUCUUCGAAUACACAAACAAUGGAUCAUUUCUUUACUGAGGGGUCACAGGUCUGGUUACGUGAAAAUGGUCAACACUACCCAAGUUUCGUUCAGUCCUGUGCCGGGGGAGUUGUUGUAUUUAAGACAUAUUAUAAUAAGGUAUUCACCUAUAAACAAAGCACAAUUACGCGACAGAAGGUGACCACUAUGCACCCAACCAGUGUCGAUGGAGUGGAAGACAUGGCGGCACUGAGUGAUCUCCAUGAAGGGUCAAUAAUGUUUAACCUCUUCCAGAGGUAUCAGCACAACAAAAUAUAUACAUAUAUUGGAUCCAUCCUGGCCUCUGUGAACCCUUACAAGAUGAUCACUGGACUGUAUGACCAUAACAUGAUAGAGUUGUACAGCAGACAUCACAUGGGAGAAAUACCACCUCAUAUCUUUGCUGUGGCCAACGAGUGUUACCGAUGUCUUUGGAAGCGCCAUGACAGCCAAUGCGUUCUCAUCAGUGGUGAAAGUGGAGCAGGAAAGACAGAAAGCACAAAACUUAUUCUAAAGUUCCUGUCUGCCAUGAGCCAGCAUUCCCUGGAAGUCUCUUCAAAGGAGACAACAGCGAGCGUAGAACAAGCAAUACUGGAAAGCAGUCCAAUAAUGGAGGCCUUUGGGAACGCCAAAACUGUUUACAAUAAUAACUCAAGUCGUUUUGGGAAGUUUAUCCAGCUGCACAUAUGCCAAAAGGGACACAUUCAGGGUGGACGGAUUAUAGACUAUUUAUUAGAAAAGAAUCGUGUGGUACGACAGAAUCCCGAGGAGAGGAAUUACCACAUAUUUUAUGCACUGUUGGAGGGAGCUGGAAAGGAGGAGAAAGAAGCAUUUUAUUUAUUACAAGCAGAGAAGUACCACUACUUGAAUCAAUCUGGAUGUAUCACGGACGAGACCAUGAGUGACAAGGAAACAUUUCAGGAAAUUAAAACCGCCAUGGAAGUCAUGAAGUUUACCAGUGAGGACGUGCGAGAAAUCUUUAGGUUACUUGCUGGGGUUCUGCACCUGGGAAACAUUGAAUUCAUUACAGCUGGUGGGGCACAAGUUUCCUCAAAGACAGCACUGACAAGGACGGCAGAGUUGCUCGGGCUGGACCCAGAACAACUGAUGGAAGUGCUAACCCAUAGGUCAAUGAUCCUCAGGGGGGAGGAAAUUUCUACACCGCUCAGCAUAGAGCAGGCUGUGGAUAGCCGGGAUUCGGUAGCAAUGGCACUUUAUUCACAAUGCUUUGCAUGGGUAAUCAAGAAGAUUAAUAGCCGGAUAAGGGGAAAAGAUGACUUCAAAUCUAUUGGAAUCCUGGACAUCUUCGGUUUUGAAAACUUUGAAGUCAAUCGCUUUGAACAGUUCAACAUAAACUAUGCAAAUGAGAAGCUGCAGGAGUAUUUCAACAAACACAUCUUCUCCCUGGAGCAGUUAGAGUACAGCAGAGAGGGGCUUGUGUGGGAAGACAUUAACUGGAUAGAUAAUGGAGAAUGUUUGAACUUGAUAGAAAAAAAACUUGGCUUGUUGGCCCUAAUUAACGAAGAAAGCUACUUUCCACGAGCAACUGACUGCACUCUUCUGGAGAAGUUACAUAACCAGCAUGCUAAUAAUUCUAUCUACGUGAAACCAAGGGUCGCAGUCAACAAUUUUGGAGUGAAACAUUAUGCCGGAGAGGUCCUGUAUGAUGUCCGAGGUACCCUGGAAAAGAAUCGGGAUACUUUCAGGGAUGACCUUCUGAAUCUAUUGCGUGAAAGCAGGCUUGAUUUCAUAUAUGACUUGUUUGAGCAUGUUUCAAGUCGGAAUAACCAAGAUACACUGAAAUCUGGCAAGCAUAGGAAACCCACUGUCAGCCUACAAUUUAAGGAAUCGCUACAUUCCUUAAUGGCAACAUUGAGUACAUCAAAUCCAUUCUUUGUUCGCUGCAUAAAGCCAAAUAUACACAAGAUGCCGGACCAGUUCGAUCAGACGUUGGUUCUCAACCAGUUAAGGUACUCAGGGAUGCUGGAAACAGUCCGGAUCCGCAGGGCUGGCUUCCCAGUCAGGAGACCUUUUCAUGAUUUUUAUUUGAGGUAUAAAGUCCUAAUGAGAAACCUGAAUCUUCCUGAGGAUUUGAAAGGGAAGUGUGAGGUGCUACUUCAUCUUCACGACACAACCAAUACCGACUGGCAGCUUGGAAAAACCAAGGUGUUUCUGAGGGAGUCCCUGGAACAUAAACUGGAGAAACAGCGUGAAGUUGAAGUGUAUAAGGCUGCUUUAAUUAUCCAGUCCCACAUUAUGGGAUUUGUGGCAAGAAAGCAGUACAGAAAGAUACUUCACUGCGUGGUGGUUAUACAGAAGAACUAUCGAGCGUAUAGCUGGAGGACAAAAUUUCUGCGUCUUAAAAAAGCUGCACUGACCUUCCAGAGACAGCUGCGGGGCCAGUUAGCCCGUCGUCUGUACAAACAGCUACUGGAGCAAAAGCACAGAGAAGAGGAAGAGAGGCGGAAAAGAGAGGAAGAGGCGAGGAGAAAAAGAGAGGAGGAGGAGGAGGAGAGGCUGAGAAGAGAAGAGGAAGAAAGAAAAAGAAAGGAGGAAGAAGAGAAGAUAAGGAAAGAAACUGAAGAAAGGGAAAAACAGAGGCAGGAAGAAGAACGUUUAGCCAGACAGACUGAGGAGGCAAAGAAACAGCAGGAACGUGCUGCCAUGCUGGAAGCCCAAAGAGAAGCUACACUAAAGUGUGAGCUGGAGAGACAGAGAGAAAGCAAGCAAGUGGAAGAAAUCCUCCGUCUGGAGAAAGAAAUUGAUGACCUACAAAGAAUAAAGGAGAAGCAGGAACUCUCUCUUACAGAAGCAUCAUUACAAAGACUCCAUAAGCUCCGGGAUGAUGAGCUAAAACGCCUAGAAGAAGAAGCCUGCAAAGCAGCUCAUGAAUUCUUGGAGUCACUGAACUUCGACGAGAUUGAUGAAUGUGUGAGAAACAUUGAAAUGUCCCUCUCUGUAAGUGAUGGAUUUUCAGAUGAACUAUCCAAAAUAGCUGGGAUUGGCAACAGUGAAAAACCAACCUUCAAUUUCAGUCAGCCAUACCCAGAAGAGGAGGUGGAUGAGGGCUUUGAAGCUGAUGAUGACACAUUUAAAGAUUCCCCUAACCCUAGUGAGCAUGGACAUUCGGACCAGAGAACUAGUGGCAUUAGGACCAGUGAUGAUUCUUCAGAAGAAGAUCCUUACAUGAAUUAUACCUUAGGACCAUCAACUCAAGGUGCGCCCAGUAACACAUUAAUUCCUCCUGUGCAAAACUCAGGAAUCCUUAAAAACUCAUCUGGUGAAGUGUCAACGUAUUGUGUGCCAGAAAAUGUGUCCAGUAAACCCCAGAUUCCAGGAAGCCUCAUACCUCCUGGAGGAGACUAUAAUUAUGACCGUAACAUGGAUUAUGAAGAUGGAGCUAUCACAUCUGGGAGUAGUGUGGCCUUCUCCAACUCACAAAGCAGCCAGUGGUCUCCAGACUAUCACUGCUCUGUUGGAACAUACAAUAGCUCUUCUGCAUAUCGGUUUAGUUCAGAAGGAGCUCAGUCAUCAUUUGAAGACAGUGAAGAUGACUUUGAUUCCAGGUUUGACACAGAUGAUGAGCUUUCCUACAGAAGGGAUUCUCUCUACAGCAGUGUCAGUCUACCUUAUUUCCACAGCUUUUUGCACAUGAAAGGUGGGGUUAUGAACACAUGGAAGAAGAGAUGGUGUGUGUUGAAGGAUGAAACGUUCCUGUGGUUCCGAUCCAAGCAGGAAGCGUUGAAGCAAGGCUGGCUUCAUAAAAAGGGCGGUGGGUCAUCUACGCUGUCCCGGAGGAACUGGAAAAAACGUUGGUUUGUUCUUCGUCAGUCCAAGCUGAUGUAUUUCGAAAAUGACAGUGAAGAAAAACUGAAGGGGACUUUAGAGCUUCGACAAGCUAAAGAGAUUAUUGAUAAUACUGGCAAAGAAAAUGGGAUUGACAUAACGAUGGAUAGUCGGACUUACCAUUUAAUUGCUGAGUCUCCUGAGGAUGCAAGCCAGUGGUUCAGUGUGAUGAGCCAGGUUCAUUCUUCCACAGAUCAGGAGAUUCGGGAGAUGCAUGAUGAGCAAGCAAAUCCUCAGAAUGCUGUGGGUACUUUGGAUGUUGGACUGAUUGAUUCAGUGUGUGCUUCUGAUAACCCUGAUAGACCAAACUCAUUUGUCAUAAUUACUGCUGAUCGUGUGCUUCACUGUAAUGCUGAUACCCCAGAAGAAAUGCACCACUGGAUCACUUUACUUCAGAGGUCAAAGGGCGACACAAGGGUUGAGGGGCAAGAGUUCAUAGUUCGAGGUUGGCUACAUAAGGAAGUCAAAAACAGUCCUAUAAUGUCUUCGCUGAAGCUUAAGAAGCGCUGGUUUGUCCUCACCCACAAUUCAUUAGACUAUUACAAGAAUUCAGAGAAAAAUGCUAUGAAGUUGGGUACAAUGGUGCUUAACAGCCUCUGCUCUGUAGUACAGCCAGAAGAGAAAAUCUUCAAGGAAACAGGCUACUGGAAUGUGACAGUGUAUGGACGCAAGCACUGUUAUCGCCUUUACACAAAGCUACUAAACGAAGCUACAAGGUGGGCUAGCGCAAUUCAAAAUGUGAUAGACACAAAGGCUCCAAUAGACACGCCAACACAGCAACUAAUACAAGACAUAAAGGAAAAUUGCUUGAAUAAUGAAGUUGUGGAGCAGAUUUACCGCCGGAAUCCAAUUCUACGUUACACCCAUCACCCUUUGCACUCUCCAUUACUACCACUUCCUUAUGGGGAUAUCAAUCUAAACCUGCUAAAAGACAAAGGCUACACAACGCUGCAGGAUGAAGCGAUCAAGAUUUUUAAUUCUCUUCAACAACUGGAGUCUCUGUCUGACCCUAUUCCAAUCAUUCAGGGCAUCCUUCAGACAGGUCACGAUUUGCGACCCCUCCGAGAUGAGCUCUAUUGCCAGCUCAUUAAACAGACAAACAAAGCUCCCAAUCCAGGCAGCACCGGUAACCUGUAUCACUGGCAGAUACUCACCUGUCUGAGCUGUACCUUCCCACCAAGUCGAAGCAUCCUCAAGUACCUCAAAUUCCAUCUUAAACGAAUACGGGAACAAUACCCAGGCUCGGAAAUGGAAAAGUAUGCCAUGUUUGUCCACGAUUCGCUGAAGAAAACCAAGUGCAGGGAGUUUGUUCCGUCACGGGAUGAAAUUGUAGCGUUGAUUAACAGACAAGAAAUCACAACCACUGUAUACUGUCACGGUGGAGGAGCCUGCAAGAUCACAAUCAACUCCCACACCACAGCCGGCGAGGUGGUGGAGAAGCUAAUUCGAGGGCUGGCCAUGGAAGACAGCAGAAAUAUGUUUGCCCUUUUUGAAUACAAUGGGGUCACAGACAAAGCCAUUGAAAGUCGAACUGUUGUGGCUGAUGUAUUGGCUAAAUUUGAAAAACUUGCUGUCAGCUCAGAAGGUGGAGAUAAACCUUGGAAAUUCUACUUCAAACUUUACUGCUUUCUGGAUACAGAGCAUGUGCCAAGAGAUAGUGUUGAAUACGUGUUCAUGUUUGAGCAGGCUCAUCAAGCAGUUAUCCGUGGUCAGUACCCCGCACCAGAGGAAUCUCUUCAGGUGUUGGCUGCUUUGAGGUUACAAUAUACGCAAGGUGACUACAGCCUACAUUCCGAUGUUCCAGACAUGGAGGACUUUUACCCCUUGCAGAAACUGAAGUCGCGAAUUACACAGUCCACCAAAACAUACACUCCAUCGGAGAGAACAGAAAGGAAGAGGUCUAGUUUCUUGGAAGGAACAUUAAGGAGAAGUUUCAGAAGUGGCUCUGUUAGUAAGCAGAAGGUGGAGGAAGAACAGAUGCUGGAUAUGUGGUUGAAAGAAGAGAUUAUUUCAACACGAGCAAAUAUUAUUGACAAGUGGAAAAAGUUACAAGGCUCAAAUCCAGAUCAGUGUAUGACCAAGUAUAUGGCUGUGAUAAAGGAAUGGCCUGGGUAUGGGUCUACACUAUUUGAUGUUGAGUGUAAGGAAGGUGGAUUCCCACAAGAGCUCUGGUUGGGAGUCAGUGCCGAGGCUGUUUCUGUGUACAAAAGAGGGGAAGGUCGACCUCUGGAAGUGUUUCACUACGAACAUAUCUUGUCUUUUGGAGCUCCGUUGGCUAAUACCUACAAGAUUGUUGUAGAUGAGCGGGAACUUCUCUUUGAAACCAGUGCGGUGGUUGACAUUGCAAAACUGAUGAAGGCCUACAUCAGCAUGAUUGUGAAGAAGCGGUACAGUACCACUCGCUCUGAGAGCAGCCAUGGAAGCCAAGCCAGCUCCAGAUGAAUAGAGCAACCGUGGCCUCCACGUCCCCUGCUGAUCGCCAUGAUCCUUACCUUACUCCCAAGAGAUGCUCAAUUAACAGACAGCAGCACCCAGACCUGAACAUGGGUGCCAACUCUGAAGCCAGAGAGAUCCAGUGCCUAAAAUAUAUAUUACCUGCCAGACAGAUUUCCAAAGCUUUAAUACUUCGCCUUGCCUUAUGAUAUCCUCGCCACUGCCUACAGCGCGGUGUGAAGUGCCUCUGGACUGCAUUCACACGCAGGCCUCCUAUUAGGAGAUCUGCCAUAACUUAAAAAGUAUUGGUAUUUGUGGAAAGCUGCAGGCAGCCUUUCUCAUGGACCUGGGGACUAGUUUAUUGGGGAAGUGCAUUCCCGAGGGGGGUCAUGAGGGUUUUGUGCCUUUGUUUUUUUUGUGUGUGUUUGAAAGUUUGUCCUAUGUAAAUCCUAAUUUUAUUUCCAUUAUUGAAUAGCUCCAAGCAGUAAGCGGGUGCUUUGGGUGCUCUGUAUACUGUACAGUCUUAAAUUUCCACAUCGCCAGUAUGUAUUAUCUGCCUACUGUAUCCUAUCCCUUCAAAGGCAUAAGGGUGCUUUCAUUGAAAACCCCCCCCAUGGCGUGUAAAGGCUUAAAUGAUCACGUUACCUAGAACCCGUGGCUGGGUGGAAGUCCACCCAGAGAACAGCUUUGCCCUAGUCUUGUUUUAAAAUAAUAAACAGUAUUUUAAAAUUGAUACAGCAAAUAUUCUACUAGCACUUGGUUUAGAAAUAUUUCUUCUACCUGACACGAUCCACCGCAUAAACAGUCAUCAAAUGAAUUGUAAAUAGGUUCAUGAAUGCAAGUGGUAUAUUUUUUUAUAUGGAACGUUUGAAGCCAAAGUAUAGAGUUUUUCAAAUGUCAGAUUUUCUUCAUAAUUCUGAAAAUAUGUUAAAAUGUUUGCUUACUGUAAAAAAAAAACUAUUUGUCAAUAAAAUAUUGUAUUUAACUUUAAUACAGCUAA